AUGCAGAAGCAGACCAUUCUUCACUCGGAGUACUUAAAAUUUGGCAACGGAUUGGUUAAAUCGAUAAAAACCAGUGCAUAUCCUAGAGGGAUUUGGCACAGCAAUGGAGUCAGAUUGUCGUUUCUUAGAGCUGAAGCUUCUUCAUCGCUGAGAAUAAACAAAAGCUGCACGCUUCAACAUGCGAGAGCAAAAUGCUUGAGGCAGGAAACAAUCCAAGCGGGCCUGAGCGAUGAAGAUGAAGAUGAUCUCUGUCCGGUUGAGUGUGUCACUGAGUUCAAGACAGACGAUGAACUUCUGAAAGUCCUUGAGAAAGCGAAAGAAACUAAUGCUUUGGUUGUGGUUGAUUUUUAUCGUCCUUCUUGUGGGAGUUGCAAAUACAUUGAGCUGGGCUUCUCAAAGCUGUGCAAGCAAUCUGGUGACCAAGAAGCUCUCGUUAUCUUCCUUAAGCAUAAUGUGAUAGAUGAAUAUGAUGAACAAUCUGAAGUCGCUGAAAGGCUCCGUAUCAAGUCGGUUCCUCUCUUCCACUUUUACAAAAACGGAGUUUUGUUGGAAGCAUUUGCAACUAGAGACAAGGAGAGGAUUGACGCUUCUAUUCUCAAAUAUACUUCUUCCCCUGAAUCGGAUUAA